UGAUCCCUUAUAGGUCAGUGAUAAUUCCCAUCAAAAAACUAAGCAAUGCAAUAACCACAUCAAACCCCUGGAUCUGUGUAUCAGGAGAACUAGGAGAUACAGGUAUAAUGCAGAUUCCUAAAAACCACCUAGAAAUGACGUUUGAGUGCCAGAAUUUAGGGAAGCUGACGACCGUUCAGAUUGGUCAUGACAACUCAGGGCUACUAGCCAAGUGGCUGGUUGAUUGUGUCAUGGUCAGAAAUGAAAUAACAGGACACACGUACAAGUUUCCUUGCGGGCGAUGGCUGGGAAAGGGCGUUGACGAUGGCAGUUUGGAGCGAAUACUCAUCGGAGAGCUGAUGUCCUCCACAUCUGAUGAAGAGCUGGGAAAGCAGUGCCGUACUCCACCCCAGCAGAAAUCUCCUACCACUGCUCGACGACUGAGCAUCACUUCCCUCACAGGGAAGAACACCAAGCCUAAUGCAGGGCAGAUCCAAGAAGGAAUCGGGGAAGCCGUGAACAAUAUUGUGAAACACUUUCACAAGCCAGAGAAAGAGAGAGGGAGCCUUACCAUUCUCUUGUGUGGAGAAAACGGUCUGGUCGCAGCGCUGGAGCAGGUCUUCCACCAUGGAUUCAAAUCAGCUCGCAUUUUUCAUAAAAAUGUCUUCAUUUGGGAUUUCAUAGAGAAAGCUGUUGCUUACUUUGAAACCACUGACCAGAUUGGAGACAAUGAGGAGGCCCUUUUGCUUCAGAGAUCUUCGUGCAAAACCUUCUGUCAUUACGUGAAUGCCAUCAAUACAGCUCCAAGGAACAUUGGAAAGGAUGGCAAAUUCCAGAUUCUAGUUUGCCUGGGGACAAGGGACCACUUGCUCUCUCAGUGGAUCCCGUUGCUGGCGGAGUGCCCACCCAUCACAAGGAUGUACGAGGAGAACGCUCUCCUACGGGACCGCAUGACUGUCAACUCCCUUAUCCGGGUCCUACAGACAUUGCAAGAUUUCAACAUCAUCCUAGAAGGAUCGCUCAUUAAAGGAGUGGAUGUUUAGCAUGGCUUUGCUGAGAACUUCAUUAUUCCUUUCCUGAGCAAGCGAACCACAGCUGGAGACCUGUCAGGACUUGAAGGCGAUGGUAGUGCACCACUGUAAGGCAAAGCUGCUGGGUGAAGCAGGAGUGGGAAGCCCAGUUUGUGCCCGAUGGGGACUCUCCUCUAAAGCUGCAGAAAGCUAAGAUGCAGUAUUGUAGUUUAUUUGAAACAGAAAUUUAGUAUAAAAUAGAGUAUUUUCAUGUGUUAGAUGUGUGUAAAUAUGCUAUCUUCUUGAAGAAAUUAUAUUACUCUAAGAAAUUUUUUCUUAGGCUGAAUGUUCUUGUUCUGACUAUGAGUAGCUUAAACCCAGGGGAAGGACUGGGGGGAGGGAAGGACUGAGGUGGGAAGGGAUGCCGCUACUUGCUUGCAAGGAAGAAGCCAAUCAAUGUGUAAAUACAGCAGAAACUCAGCAGGGCUUUUUUCAGGUAUUGCAAAUUAAUACAGCAAAUAUCCUUAUGUAGCCAUUGUGAUUGAUUGUCUCACUCUUGGAAAUAUUGUAAGCAUAUGCUGGUU